AUGCAUGAACCAAAAGUUUCUCAUGCAGGAGCUCUCAAGCAGGUACUUAGGUAUCUAAAGGGAUCAACUUCGUUUGGUCUCUCAUACAAGAAAGCGGGUAGGAGAGAACUGGAAGGUUAUGUGGACAGUGGACACAAUAUCGACGAGGAUGAUGGAAGAAGUACCACAUGUCACAUUUUCUAUCUCGAUGAUUGUCCAAUUUCGUGGUACUCAACGAAGCAAGAGACCGUUGCACUCUCAUCCUGCGAGGCUGAAUUUAUGGCCGCCACUGAAGCUGCCAAACAGGCGAUUUGGUUGCAGGAGUUACUUGAAGAAGUCAGCAAGGAGAUGUGCAAGAGAACCACCAUCUACAUUGACAACAAAUCAGCGAUAGCAUUAACAAAGAAUCCUCACUACAAGAAAAAGGAGCUAUUGUUACGAUUUUUUGAGACUAGAUUUCUUAGUCACAUAUUUGUGACAUAA